AUGGCAAAAGAUUUAAAAACUCUUAAUAACAACUUGCGACUUCUUCAAUCAUAUUUUCACUUCUACAGACAAACAUCACGAGAAAGAGCGUUGAAAAGAUUUAAAAGAAAAUAUUUGCAUAGUGAAAGUUUAAGAGCUGAGUUACUUAAUAUCUGCUGUCCACAUAAAGGAUUGCAAACAAAUCGUCAAACUAAUUAUAUAAAUACGGAACUCUUAAGGGAACUUAGAUUGCCUAUGAAUAAAUUAUCAAAAAUACAAAUUUAUGUGCAAAGCAAAAAAUAA